GCUUUUCUACUUUAUGUAUACGUCGUGCACUUGAACUGUAUUUGUCCUCCAGAUGUUGUUAUCGACAUUUAAGAAAUCUGCUUUGUUUGCCCAGUCCAAAGACUCUCAUUUCAAAAUUAGGAAGAGUUGGAGAAGUUAGAAAUGGAAAAGAGUGCAAUAAUACAAUCAAAGUUGUUUUUGAAAAUUUUAAUAGUUCUGAAAAGCGUUGCUGCCUUCUCUUUGAUGAGAUGUAUAUUAAAUCAAGUGUUAGUUUCAGAGGAGGACACCUCAUUGGAUAUAGUGAGGACAAUCCCACUAAAAUUGCAAAAACGUUAUUAGUCUUUAUGAUUAAACCUAUGUUUGGUAAACCUUUUGUUUGUAGAAUUGUACCAAUGUUUAAACUGUCAGUACACUUUCUUCACGAUUUGGUUAUAAACAUAAUUGAACAAAUAAUCGAUGCAGGAGGAGAAAUACUGUGUCUUUUAUCAGAUAAGCAUCCCACAAAUCGAAGUGUUUACCAAAGUUUCGUUGUUAAUAAAAGUUUUCCAUGGCAAGGUGUUAUAGAAAAAGAAAAACCAGUUAUUAUGCUACACAAUUCAGUUCACUUGUUUAAAAGUAUAAGAAAUAAUUGGUUUACGGAAAAAACACUAACAAUUAGUUUAAAAAUUAAUAAUCAACCUCUCUCUGGUGAUUGGUCUCACAUUGUUCAAUUAUAUAACAGACAGAAAAUUUGUGUUGCCAAAACUACAAAGCUUUCACAAAAGUCAGUGUACCCUAGUUUGAUUGAUAAACAAAAUGUUGCAAACAUGGUUGCUGUAUUUAAUGAAAAAACUGUUGCAGCAUUGAGAUUAGCUAAUUUUGAGAACACUGCCUGUUUUUUAGCACCAAUUGUUUCAUUAUGGAACAUGCUACAUGUAAAGAGGAAAGGUUGUGAUGUUUUACUUAAUGAUAUUAAUAGGUGUCCUUUUCAGACACUCGAUGACCUUAGAUUUAAAGAAAUUUUAGCAUUUGCUGAUGCAACUUCUAAGAUGUCAGAGGGAAAGGGAUUAAAGCGUCAUAAUACUUUUACACCAGAAACAAAACAUGCUUUAGUUAACACCCUACAAGGAUUGGUAGAAUUAAUAAAAAAACUGCUUUCAGAAGAUCACCAAUAUGUUCUUCCCGGUAUUUUUCAAACAGAUUGUCUUGAAGACAACCAAGUGGCGGAAAUUAUUGAACAGUUUGCAACUUCAGCGGUUAAAAUUAUUCAGCAAAAUAGUGUCUUUGGAUGAAACUGAC